CGCGUCAGAGCUGAUCCGCGGUGGCGGCGGCGGCGGCGGAUGCGGCAAUGGCAGCGGACACCGAGCAGGCUUAAGGGCUAGGACCCGACUCCCUCCCGCGCCACCUCAGGCUCACCCAGCGCUGCAGCCUCAGUUCACUCCGCUCCUGCUCCCUCCCGACCGCUGCCCCGGCGGAGGCGGAGGCCCGGGCUGGCCGCCGUGUUCGUGUCCCGGCUCGGCCUCGGACGGUCGGGCUGCUGUGUGGAGAGGAGGCCGAGUCGGUAAGAGGCGGCGGCGGCGGGGCCUGGAGGCUGCCUGAUUCCUGCCUGGCCGCCCGGGGUGUCCCUGCACCGUAAAAAGAAAAUACUGAAGAACUGGAUCCCAAGAUGAGUAAAAAGCCCCCAAAUCGUCCUGGAAUCACUUUUGAGAUUGGUGCUCGUUUGGAGGCACUGGACUACUUACAAAAAUGGUAUCCGUCACGAAUUGAAAAAAUAGACUAUGAGGAAGGCAAGAUGCUGGUUCAUUUUGAGCGCUGGAGUCAUCGUUACGAUGAGUGGAUUUACUGGGAUAGCAAUAGAUUACGACCCCUUGAGAGACCAGCACUAAGAAAAGAAGGGCUCAAAGAUGAGGAAGAUUUCUUUGAUUUUAAAGCUGGAGAAGAAGUUCUGGCUCGUUGGACAGACUGUCGCUAUUAUCCUGCCAAGAUUGAGGCAAUUAACAAAGAAGGAACAUUCACAGUUCAGUUUUAUGAUGGAGUAAUUCGUUGUUUAAAAAGAAUGCACAUUAAAGCCAUGCCCGAGGAUGCUAAGGGGCAGGAUUGGAUAGCUUUAGUCAAAGCAGCUGCUGCAGCUGCAGCCAAAAAUAAAACAGGGAAUAGACUUCGAACCAGCGUUAACAGCAAUAAAGAUAAAGAUAAAGAUGAGAGAAAAUGGUUUAAAGUACCUUCAAAGAAGGAAGAAACUUCAACUUCUACAGCCACACUGGAAGCUGAGAAGAAGGAAGAUCCUCCCACACCUAGUGAAACAUUUGUAGGACUUCAUGUAGAGAACGUUCCAAAGAUGGUCUUUCCACAGCCAGAGGGCACAUUAUCCAACAAGAGGAAAAAUUAUCAAGGCAACUCAUUUCAGGCCAAGAGAGCACGACUUAACAAGAUUACUGGUUUGUUGGCAUCCAAAGCUGUUGGGGUGGAUGGUGCUGAAAAAAAAGAAGACUACAGUGAAACGGCUCCAAUGCUGGAGCAGGCGAUUUCACCUAAACCUCAAAGUCAGAAAAAAAAUGAAGCUGAUAUUAGCAGUUCUGCCAACACUCAGAAACCUGCACUGUUAUCCUCAACUUUGUCUUCAGGGAAGGCUCGCAGCAAGAAAUGCAAACAUGAAUCUGGAGAUUCUUCUGGGUGUAUAAAACCCCCUAAAUCACCACUUUCCCCAGAGUUAAUACAAGUCGAGGAUUUGACGCUUGUAUCUCAGCUCUCUUCUUCAGUGAUAAAUAAAACUAGUCCUCCACAGCCUGUGAAUCCCCCUAGACCUUUCAAGCAUAGUGAGCGGAGAAGAAGAUCUCAGCGUUUAGCCACCCUGCCCAUGCCUGAUGAUUCUGUAGAAAAGGUUUCUUCUCCCUCUCCAGCCACUGAUGGGAAAGUAUUCUCUGUCAGUUCUCAAAAUCAGCAAGAGUCUUCAGUAACAGAGGUGCCUGAUGUUGCACAUUUGUCACUUGAGAGGCUGGGAUCCUGCCUCCCUCUUGACUUAAGUCGUGGCUCAGAAGUUGCAGCCCCACUAGCUCCAGAUCUCUCUUACCAUAACGAAGGCCCCAGGGCAGAAAAGGAAGCUGCACAGAUGUUGACUUACCCUUCAUCCAAAGCAGUAGCUGAUGGAAGAGGAACUCCAACAGCUUCAGGAUUAUUGAAAACAGAAAAAAAAGUGAAAUUGGAAGAAAAAAGCUCAACAAUACUUGGUAAGAGAAAAGAAAAGGAUAAGGAAAGAAAAGAGAAGAGAGACAAAGAUCACUACAAGCCAAAACAGAAGAAGAAGAAGAAAAAGAAAAAGAAAUCUAAGCAGCAUGAUUAUUCAGACUAUGAAGACAGUUCUCUAGAAUUUUUGGAAAGGUGCUCUUCUCCACUAACUCGAUCUUCUGGGAGUUCUUUGGCUCUGCGAAGCAUGUUUACGGAGAAAAAUACAGCCUAUCAGUACCCAAGGGCAAUUUUGUCAGUUGAUCUUAGUGGUGAAAACUUAUCAGACAUGGAAUUCCUAGAUGAUUCUUCAACGGAGAGUUUGCUUCUUAGUGGGGAUGAGUACAAUCAGGACUUUGAUUCAACCAAUUUUGAGGAAUCUCAGGAUGAAGAUGAUGAUCUUGAUGAAAUUGUGCGAUGUAUUUGUGAAAUGGAUGAGGAGAACGGCUUUAUGAUUCAGUGUGAGGAGUGCCUGUGCUGGCAGCACAGUGCGUGCAUGGGGCUGCUGGAGGAGAGCAUCCCAGAGCAAUACAUCUGCUACAUUUGCAGAGACCCUCCUGGUCAGAGAUGGAGUGCAAAAUACCGUUAUGAUAGAGAAUGGUUGAAUAAUGGGAGAAUGUAUGGGUUAUCAUUUUUAAAAGAAAAUUAUUCUCAUCUCAAUGCCAAAAAGAUAGUUUCCACCCAUCAUCUCCUUGCUGAUGUCUAUGGCAUUACAGAAGUACUGCAUGGCUUACAGCUGAAGAUUGGAAUAUUAAAAAAUAAACAUCAUCCUGAUCUUCAUCUCUGGGCUUGUCCUGGGAAGCGAAAAAAUCAAGAUGAAGUAAUUGCUGGGGUAGAGAAAAGAAUGGCGGUGCAAGACACAGUUAAUCUAAGAGAAAAGACAGCUCAUGUUCAGAACCACAAAGAGCCAGCUCGUUUGCCUCUAAAAAUGGAAGGAACUUACAUAACAAGUGAGCACAGCUACCAAAAGCCACAAAGUUUUGGUCAGGAUUGCCAAUCUCUUGCAGAUCCUGGGAUCUCAGAUGAUGAUGAUAGUAGUAGCUUUGAAGAAGAACAAGAAUUUCAUAUAACUGAUAAAAACCAUUUACAGUACUCAGUAAAAGAAGAUGGAAUGCCUGAAAAGAAUCCUUCUGAAGUGAAUACAGUAUUUGUUUAUAAUGAUAAAAAAGGCACUGAAGACCCAAGAGACUCACAUCUUCAGUGGCAGCUCAAUCUCCUUACACACAUAGAAAAUGUGCAGAAUGAAGUUACCAGCAGGAUGGAUCUAAUAGAAAAAGAAGUUGAUGUUUUGGAAAGCUGGCUUGAUUUCACAGGGGAGUUGGAACCACCAGAUCCUCUCGCAAGACUGCCACAACUUAAACGCCACAUAAAACAGCUACUCAUGGACAUGAGCAAAGUACAGCAAAUAGCAACUCUUUGUUCUGUAUGACAACAGUGAAAACUUGAUGAAAAGAAUGUGGCUCUCUUCAGUCAAAUCAUUUUUAUUAUCCACAUGACUAAGUGGAUAGUUAAAAACCUUAGUAAUGUUUGGUCACUUACUGAUUUGUGACAUCAGUAGGAUGGCAUCUUGGAAAAGAAUAUGAAACCUUAUCAAGAAAGCUAAUAUAAAAAAUUCCAUGAACAAGCCGCAAGCGGUAAUGUGUUAAAUGCCAUGGAUCAGUGAAGUAGAAUAUAAUACUAAAGGGACUCGAAUUGGCAGGUGUUUUGAAAAGUUGUUCACAUGAAGCUUGAGAUAUCUGUAGAAAGAAGUAUGGUACAUUUAUAUGGUUUUUAGUAGAAAGACCCACAUUUAUAAACCAGCAUUUAGCUAAAAACAAAAUUAUAGAGGAAAUUUAAAUUCUGGAGAGUUCUACAAAGUUGCUGUAAGAACUGUCUGCUCUGCAAUUGAUCCAGCUGCACAGAAGUUUAGGGCAUUUAAACUUAUAUGGGAUCAUGAGCUGUUUUCUGGGUGAUUAACGUUCUUAGUCAGAAAACUGACAGUAGAAGCAUCACUUCUGGAAAAACAGUUGUGGAAUUCUUACUUCAUUAUCAAUAUAUUUUAAAAAUAGACACCAGAUAAUUGGAGUUUAUUGCAGGUACUAAGCUUAUCAAAAACAAAUUGGCUUGUAGAAGGGCCACCAGUGCCAAAUGAUGUUGAUACUGCUGGAAAGAGAAUUUUAAAUAUUGUGGGAGUUCUCCCACCCCAAGUCUCACAUAAUGCCAUCAGUCCAUCAAAAAUGUAUAUAUCAUAUAUAAUAUAUAUGUGUAUAAUAUAUAUAUUAUAUAUAUAGUGGAAUUGCAGUAUUCAGGCUUCAACAUACAGUUUAAUCCUGAGUAUGCUUGUUGUUUGCCUUCAGAGGAAAAAAAAAUGUAAACAACCUCAGCUGGGAUGAGGAGUGACAAAAAUAUCAAAAUAAAUUUGUGGCCGUGGAUUUUUUUAACUACUAGUAGUGGAAUACUGGAAAUGCUUCAUUUCUGAAGAUGAAUUUUAUUUUUAAAAACACAUGUGCACUCAUAACUUUUAGCUUUGGUCACAUGGACAAGUUUCUGAAACCAAAGGCAACUAAGUUGCUGUAUUAGCUCUUGCUGGAUUUUGAGCCUAGGUCCUACUGUCUGUCAGCGCUACGGGAGCUGUCUGCCGCCCCCAGUGCUCCGUACGCAGGUAUGCGAGGUGUGUGUGCUUGUUUUAAACAAACACUCAACGUACAUAUGUGCAUAACAGACACAUAUUUAUAUCUACACAUAUCUAGUUUUAUUACUAUAGACUCUUAAGAAUUGGUGGUUAACAUGAAAUGUUACCUUUUAACAGACUGUUUUUAAAAUUAAAAUGUAUGUACAGGUUUUGAAAUUUUUUUUAAAAGGGGAAAAAGACUGUUAAGAGGAGGCUAUUUGAUGACAUAUAACACUUGAAUAUUUUUUGCCUCAUUCUGUUUAUCAGUUCUAGCAAUCUGUAUAAAUGCAUUUUAGAACUGAUAGACAGUAAACUUGAAUUUAUCUUUGAUAAGAAUACAUACCACUGUACAUUCAAAUAUUAUUUAAAUUUGCAAACACACUGUUCUAUAUGUAAGGUACUGUAUGUAAAACUCUUUAUUAAAACUGUU